AUGCGGGCGGCGGUUUGGCUCCUGGCGACGGCUUCGGCCUCGGGCGCGCUGGCGUCCGGCCCUAAGUUCCAUUAUGGCUUCAGCGACUGCGUGGACGACGAGCGCACGCUCUUCUACUACCUCAAAGAGGAGGGCACGUGUUUAGCAAACACCACGAACCAGGUGCUCGCGAAACCUCCAGUCCACGGUCUCCGCUGUGACGUCCAGUGCGAUAAAGGCUACUACCUUGGAGCCAAUUUCUCCGGUCCAGUGCCUGUAUCAGGCUGCGAGCGCUGUCCACAGGGCAAAUACUCGCUGGGAGGCGGCAAACUCUUCUCGCAGCGCACCAAUGCAUGGAGUUCCCCACUCUCCGCCGAGUUGCAGACCGACUGCAUGACCCAGAACAUGUACACGGGCCACUGGCAGCACAACUGCAACCCGUGGGUCGCGUCCGCCGACGGGUCCUACAUCUCGUCGGGCGAGAACUCGGGCGUGAUGCAGAACUUCGAAGGCACGAGACUUUACUCCACGCUGCGGGUCAGCGCCAUGUUUGUACGGGACGGGUCCGUCACGUACAAGUACCGGGUGGACGCCGAGCAGCCCUACGACGGCCUGAUGUUCCAGAUCGACGACGACGAAGGCGCCAAGCUCGUGUCGCAGUCGGACGGCUGGAAGGAGGCCGUGGUCCAAGUGUCGGCCGGUGCGCACACGCUGGCGUGGAACUACAUGAAGGACUACGCGGGCGACGCGGGCGAGGACAAGUCCUACCUGAAGGUGAUCGAGCUGGUGGGCACGGCCUGGUCCGACCUGCACUGCCACACUUGCGGCGGAGAUAUGACCAAUAGUGGCGGAUCGCUCUGCGCCUUCUGUGGGCCCAACGAGUACGCCGCUGCCAAGUCGAACAGCGAGCUCGACUUCACGUGCUACUCGUGUCCGCCCAACACGUACGCGCCCAAGGGCUCCAUUGGCAUCUCGUCGUGUGUGGAGCAGCGCGCGUGCUCCAUGGACGACGUCGAGGAGACGUACACUGCCUGCAAGGGCGGCGCGCGCGAUGUCACGUACGCGUGGAGUGAGCCGCAGACGUGUGACACGACGCUGGAGGACAGCAUCAAGCUUCCUGCCCCGCAGAAGGGCGUGGAGUGUGCGAGCUGCGCGCGCGGGUAUGAGUUGACGGAAGGGGACGGGUGUGAAGCUUGUGGGACGGGUCAAGCGUUGAGUGCCUCGGGUACUUGUGAAGCUUGUCCCGCUGGAACGGUGGUCGUGAACGCACUGGAGUAUGGCGUGGGGACGCCCGAUGCGUGGAGUCACUGGCCGCAGAUUUUUGACGCGGAGGGAGCAGAGCACGCUGGCUGGAAGCUGACGAAGACUGGACUUUUGUUUGCCCAGCACACCAGCAACGACCAAGAGACUGUCGCCUGGAGUCGACCCAGUCGCUCACCGCUUACAUUCAACGUGCCGUUCGUGCACUCAGGCUUCGUUAACAUCACCUACAAGUUGAGCAACAUCCCCACGUUCGAAAACGACGGCGCUCGUGCGUGGGUUGAGCUGGAGAUUCGUGAUGCGAGCGAUAGCGACAAGAAGACUAAGAAGGCGCCGGAGAUUUCAAGCUCACCGAGCAGCAGCGACGGCGACGACGAUAGCAGUGCGGCUGGCGAGGACAAAAGCAUCGUUCACCUGCUCCAUGGCGGGGAGAACGGCACGUUCAGCGAGCUCGUGACUAUCAACGUUACAACCGCCACCGUGAAGGAGUUUACUUUCGUUGUGCGCGCGACUAGUAUCGAGGCCAAGCGUGCCAUUGAAGCCAAACUGGUGUAUGUUGGAUUUAUGGGCACGCAAGAAGGUGCCGGCGUUAGCUGCGAUAGCUGCCCUGCAGGGUACGAACCCGUUACCCCGGACGAUGACACGCAGAUGUACGGCUGCCGCAUUUGUCCUGCUGGCUCGUUCGCUGAGGCUGGGGACUCGACUGGAGUUGUGGCAUGUGGACUAUGCCCAGCUAACACGUACUCGAAGGAGGGCGCUGCGGAGUGUACCCCCUGUGGUGAAAACACAUACAGCAGCCCCGGUGCUGUGGCUUGUGCAGCUCCUCAGGCGCUUACGCUCAAUGCUAGUGCAUCAUCGGACUUAGUGACACUGUCGUCGUCUUCGUCGUCGUCGACUGCCUCGGUGACGUCUGCGCUUAGUGGGCUGCAAGUAACAUACAACCUGUCGCUAUUGGAGGCGCUUGUGUGGGGCAACGAGAGCUGGAUACUGGACGACACGGUGUAUGGCAACUCGACGAGCCUGCAGUCCACGAAGCCCGUGGAGUCGUCGCUGGCCUUCCAAGCCGACAAGCAGAACUACUGGUUUUCAGGUCUCUUCCGUCCUCUUGGGAGUAGCUGGAUGCAGCAGGUGCCAGGGCAGGUCGUGGACCAGGAAGUGGACACCACCACGGAGAUUGCUUACGUGGUCUUUGCCAGCAUGAUGAACCCGCGCGAAGCUGGCAACUACUUCCAGCAGAACAGUGGCGUGUACGGCAACGUCAUGUGCUCAGCUCCAGCGCAAUGGAGCCUUGUUAACGGCGGUAGUCACAUGGAUAUCUUACCGCUGGAGUCCGGUGCUGGUGUGAAGGUUUCCUUCACCAAUGGCUCGCCCUGUGUCAAUGGCAAGACAUACUCCGCCACGUUCAACUUCGAAUGCGACCUCAACAGCGGUAAGGGAACGGUAUAUUGUUUGGUUUCGCCAGCUCGGACCUAA